AUGAAUUCAAUGGCGUUCGACAGUUUGGUUGACUCAGUGAAUGAAACUGGUUUUUCGAACGAUCGAGUUGAUAUAAUAAAAACAACAAUAUCAGCAGCUGGUAUUGUAUCACCAUCACAAGUUGCACAAUUACUGGAUUUAAUCCAAUUUUCCGAUGGAAAACUUGAAGUAGCAAAAUGGGCCUUCGACUAUAUACAUUAUUACGAUCGAGCUUUGUAUCCAAGUGUUGUUGGCAAGGCACUUCCAUUUAGUGAUGCUAAGGCUGAAUUAAAUGAACACAUUCGUCGUUAUUAG